AUGUCAUUUCAAGCUUCACGAAGACUGGGCUCCAUUGCUUCGCAUCUCGGGGCCAAAUCUAUCGUUACUGACUCGACGGCUGGAUACCACAUGACCCACGAGCCUGUCACGAACCCCCCAGAUACCCCAAACUUCCUGGACAACUCCUUUGUGCGCUCUGCCACGUCGCAAUGGAUCGAUCUUAAGGAUCCGGCAACAAACCAACAGGUUACCCGGGUACCAGAGAGUACAGAUGAGGAGCUUCGGCAGGCUGUCGACUCUGCUGAACGUGCUUUCCCCGCCUGGAAGGCCACGAGUCUUCUCCACAAACAGCAGAUCAUGUUCAAAUUGGCCGCCUUAAUCAGAGAGAGCAUGGACCGUCUAGCAGCUUCGAUUACACUUGAGCAAGGAAAGACCUUCGCGGAUGCCAAGGGCGAUGUUCUGCGUGGUCUGCAAGUUGUUGAGACUGCUUGUGGCAUCACCACCCAGAUCCCUGGCGAGGUCGUCGAGGUGUCCAAGGAUAUGGAGACCCGUUCCUACAGAGAGCCCUUGGGUGUGGUCGCUGCAAUUUGCCCCUUCAACUUUCCGGCCAUGAUUCCCCUCUGGUCUCUUCCAAUUGCCACGAUCACUGGAAACACGAUCGUGCUGAAGCCUUCUGAGAGGACACCCGGGGCCUCCAUGAUCAUCGCCGAGCUUUGCCGAAAAGCUGGCUUCCCUGACGGCGUGGUAAACAUCAUUCAUGGCGGCAAGCGCGCCGUCAACUUUAUCAUUGAUAAUCCCGCUAUCAAGGCCAUCUCCUUUGUCGGCUCUAACCAGGCAGGUGAAUACAUCUAUGAGAGGGGCUCCGCCAAGGGCAAGAGGGUGCAGGCCAACCUCGGUGCCAAGAACCAUGCAGUCAUCCUGCCCGACGCCGACAAGAACCUAGCGCUCAACAGCAUCGCCGGUGCCGCGUUUGGGGCCGCUGGUCAACGGUGUAUGGCCCUGAGUGCGUUGGUAACCCUUGGCAGAACAGACGAGUGGCUCCCUGCUCUCGUGGAUCGAGCCAAGAAACUUCAGAUCAAUGGCGGAUUUGAGCCGGAAGCAGACUUGGGGCCGUUGGUGUCCCCAGAGAGCCUAAAGAGAGUGGAGGAUCUUAUCGCCAGUGCCGAGGCGGAGGGGGCAACAAUCCUCCUUGAUGGCAGGGGUCAAAGGCCGGCCAAGUACCCUAACGGAAACUUUGUCGGUCCUACAAUCAUCACAAACGUCAAGUCGCAUAUGAAGUGCUACACCGAAGAGAUCUUCGGCCCAGUCCUCGUCUGCUUGAGUGCUGAUAACCUCGAUCAGGCUAUCAAACUCAUCAACGACAACCCUUACGGUAAUGGAGCCGCAGUGUUCACGAGGUCCGGAGGUGCGGCCGCAAAGUUCCGGAAGGGUCUCGAGGCUGGACAGCUCGGCAUCAACGUCCCGAUUCCCGUGCCCCUCCCCAUGUUCUCAUUCACCGGCAACAAGAAGUCAAUUGCUGGAACCGGCUCUCUGAACUUCUAUGGAAAGGAUGGCCUAAGAUUCUAUACGCAGUGGAAAACUGUGACUUCUCUAUGGAAGUCUGAGGACAUCGGCACGACACAGAGUUUGGUGAACAUGCCAAAGGUGGAAUAG